AUGGCCUAUGACUGCUAUGUGGCCAUUUGUCAGCCCCUAAGAUACCAGGUAAUCCUAACCCCUGAUCUUUCUGUCCUACUAGUUCUACUCUCCCUGCUCAUUAGCACUGGGCAUGCCUUGCUCCACACUCUGAUGGCGCUGAGGCUGUCCUUCUGCACAAAUGUGGAAAUCCCUCACUUCUUCUGUGAACUUGCUCAGAUCAUCAAGCUCUCCUGCUCUAAUAUCUUUAUCAAUACUCUUCUGGUAUAUUCAGCAGCAAACAUAUUCUUUGGUGUUCCUAUUGCUGGAAUUAUUUUCUCUUAUAUUAAAAUUGUAUCUUCUGUUUUCAGAAUACCCUCAGUUGGGGGAAGGUAUAGAGCUUUUUCCACCUGUAGUUCUCACCUCUCUGUUGUGUUCUUAUUCUAUGUGACAGGUUUUGGUGUGCACUUGAGUCCUACUGUUGUUGACUCUUCCACUAAGAAUGCAGUGGCUUCAGUGAUGUACAUUGUGAUCCCUCAAAUGAUGAACCCCUUUAUCUACAGCUUGAGGAAUAGAGAAAUGAAGAUAGCUCUGAGGCAUCUCAUUAGUGGGAAGUCUUUUUUAUUCUUGUGUUCAUAG